CUUCGCUUUGAGGACAUAAACAAAAAAUACUGUUAAUUGGUUGGCUUGGCGUUCUCUGAAGAAGACGGAGAGAGAGAAAGCUUUUUUGCGUUUAUGAGCUGCGAAUUCUAAACAAAAAAAAUACUGUUGGUUGGCGUUCUCUGAAGAAGACGGAGAGGGAGAAAAAGGAGACUUUGGGUAACAGCAGUUUAAGAUUUAAAAGGAUAUUUCCAUCAGUUUCCAUGGGGACUGGAGGAGCCCCAACUUCAUCACUGGAUUCUUCUUCAACAGCUCAGUGGAAAUAUGAUGUGUUUCUCAGUUUUAGAGGCAGCGACACCCGUAGAAGUUUUACAGACCAUUUAUAUGCUGCUUUGAAACAAAAGGGCAUUUUCACCUUUAGGGACAAUGAAAAACUUGAGAGAGGAAAACAUAUAUCAACGGAGCUCUUAAAAGCAAUUGAAGAAUCAAGGUUUGCUAUUGUCAUUUUCUCAAUAAACUAUGCAUCUUCAACAUGGUGCUUGGAUGAACUUUCAAAGAUUGUUAAAUGCAUGAAAGAGACAGGAUUGACAGUUUUGCCGAUUUUUUAUGAUGUGGAUCCGUGUGAUGUACGGAAACAAAUGGGAACUUUUGGACAAGCUUUUAAUGAACAUGCAGAACGUUUUAAAGAGAACAUGGAAAAAAUAAAAACAUGGAGAUCUGCUUUAAGAGAAGUGGCCAAUCUCUUCGGUUGGCAUUUACAAGAUAGGUAUGAGUCAGAAUUUAUCCAAGACAUUGUGGGGCAGAUAUUCCAUAAAUUGCACUUGAAAUUCUCAAUAAAUCCAAAUAGCUUUACUUAUAAACAAAAAAAAGAAAGCGUUACCAAAAACUUGGUAGGAAUAAAUUUUUCGGUGGAUGAAUUAAUCACUUCAUAUUUACGUCUCCAUAGGAACAAUGUUUACAUGAUUGGGAUUUGUGGUAUGGGGGGACUUGGAAAGACAACUCUUGCUAAAGUUGUUUAUGAUAUGUGCUCUAAUCAUUUUGAAGGUUCUAGCUUCAUUGCUAAUGUUAGGGAAGCUUGUGAAAAAAAUGGUUUGCUUCCAUUACAAAAGCAGCUACUUGGACAAAUUUUGGAGGAAAGAAAUAUAGAUAUAUGGGAUGUUUACGAGGGAGUUAACAUGAUCAAGAAAACGCUACGUCAGAAAAAAGUUUUACUUGUCCUAGAUGAUGUUAAUCAAUUGGACCAAUUAGAAAACUUGGUUGGAAAGCAUGACUGGUUUGGAUCGGGGAGUUGGAUUAUCAUAACAACUAGAGACAAACAUUUGUUGGUUGAACAUGGAGUGGAUGAAGAUAAAAUAUAUAGCCCUAAUACAUUAAAAGAUCAAGAUGCUCUAAAACUUUUUUGUUCAAAAGCCUUCAAAAAAGAGCGACCCAAAGAAGGUUUUGUAAACAUCUCCUAUAGUGUUGUAAACCAUGCUAAAGGCCUUCCAUUAGCUCUUAUAGUUUUGGGUUCCUUUUUGGCUGGAAGAAGAAUUGAUGUAUGGAAAAGUGCAUUGGAGAGUUUAAAAAAAAUCCCAAAAAGAGAAAUAGUUGAUAUACUCAAAGUAAGUUAUGAUGGACUAGAGGAAAUGGUAAAGGAGAUAUUCUUGGAUAUUGCAUGUUUCUUUAGAGGGGAGAUGAAAUAUCGAGUAAUGGAGAGAUUAGAGAAUUGUGGAUUUGAUGCAGGAAUCGGUAUAAGUGUUCUUAUGGAUAAAUCUCUCAUAACCAUAGAGUUCGGGCAAUUGCAAAUGCAUGAUUUAUUACAAGAAAUGGGUAGAGAAAUUAUCCGUCGAGAAUCAGCAGAACCUGGAAAGCGCAGCAGGUUAUGGCUUCGUGAGGAUUUGCUUCAUGUAUUGACAAAUAAUACGGCAACAGAAGCAAUUCAAGCCAUAUUUCUAAACUCUUUUAGAGUGGGAAGAGUCCAGAACGAUGAAGCCUUUCCUAAAGCGUUGUCAAAGAUGUAUAAUCUUAGAUUGCUUAGAAUUGGUAAUGUGCACAUCCCAAAUGGACUCGAUUAUCUUUCUAAUAAUCUAAGAUAUCUUGAUUGGAAAGGCUAUUCUUCAAAAUGUUUACCAUCCAGUUUCCAACCAGAAAAACUUGUUGAACUUGCUUUACGGUGGAGCAAAAUUGAAUAUCUUUGGGAAGGAAUAAAGUAUUUGGACAAGUUGAAGUUCAUUGAUCUUAGAUAUUCUAAGAAACUUAUUUGGACACCUGAAUUCAGCGGGAGCCUUGAGAGACUCUAUCUUGGGUAUUGCAUUAAUUUGGUUAAGAUUCACCCAUCCAUUGGGAAACUCAGUAGGCUUAUUGUUUUAGAUUUGGGAUUCUGUUACUCUCUUAUCAAUCUUCCUAGCAUGAGUUCUAAAAUGGAGUCCCUUAAAAUUCUUAUUCUUUGUCACUGCUCAAAAUUAAAGGAGAUUGAAUUUGGUGGAAUUUUAAAAAGUCUAUCAAAACUUUAUUUGGGUGAGUAUGCAACCGUGCGCUUCGCUAUCUUUACUAUGCGUACUCUUUUCGAUGCAAUGGCUCUUCCAACUGACAACAUUUCUAGUUUGAGGUCUCUUGAAAAUCUGUGUGUUUUGGGACCCCCAAAACUUGCCAAAUUGCCAGAGAAACUUUGGGAAUUAAAGCAUUUGAUGGAUUUUCAGUUUAGAGGAAAUGUCAUGAGAGAAAUUAGCCAUUCCUUUCUUUAUAGGUAUCUUUCCCACUACUCUGUACGUAAUCUGAGAAUCUUUCAACUUUUCAAAUUGGAAGUAUAUGGGUACGAUGAGAGCGCGCAGCGGCGGAGCGGUAUUACUCUUCAAAAAAAAAGAAAGAAAAAAAGCGGGUAUGAUGGGAGCGCGCAGCAGCAGAGCGGUAUUACUCUUCCAAAUAAAAGAAAGAAAAAAAGCAGUAGAGUGGCAUUACAUCAUUGAACUGUUAACUACAGGGACUCUUUUGUCCGAAAACCGGAUAUAAAUUCUACCAAAAGGAAAGAGAAUGGAUCAGUAAGAGUAACUGCAUUUCAUACAAUUAUUCCGCACUGGUUAACUCAUCAAAGCUUGAGGAAUUCAGUAAGCAUAAACCUGCCUCUAAAUUGGUGUAAUAAAAAGUUGAUGGGAUUUGCUCUUUGUGCUUGUUUUGAUGCAUUUUAUCCACCUGUUUCUGGCUUUCUGCUGAUAAAUAGAGUUCGUGUGAUAGUCCUUGGUGAUAUGCCUCACACGCGUGAGUCAUGACUUUAAAAUUUUCUCUAGCUCUGGUGUGGACCAAAUUUGGCUACUGUAUUUGUCAAGUGAUGAUUGGUUUUCUACUGUUCAAAAUGGUGAAUGCAAUCAGAUUAAGGUUUUAUUUGAGACCUCUAGCCCACGCCUGAUGUGUGAGAAUGUGGAGUUUGUUUGAUAUACGAGCAAGAUAUGGAAAGAGUUCAGCCAAGCAAUUGCACAAUGUGGCAAAAGUCGUGUCAUUACUUGAAAGGGUUCAGGUCUGGUCCACUGGGGAUUGUUACAAAAUUGUUUCAAAUUCCUAAUUUCACUUGAUUUUGAUUUUUUCUUUUUUUAUUAAGAAAAUUUAUUUCUUGUUGUAGAAGUAAUUUUGGUACUUCUUGUUAUGAAUGAAAUUUUUUUUUUUGGGCCAAGUUGAAGAAAGGUAUUCGUAGAAGUUGCAGAUCUAGAGUCCAUUGUAGUGUAGGCCAAGCCCAAUUCUUGUACAUCACUAAACACUUAACCCAUUGUAGUGUAGGUCAAGCCCAAUACUUUUUGAGUAUGUCCAAACUUAAUGGUGAUGUGUGAUGUGUCAUUGGUGUUCAAAACUCAAUGCCCAAAAUAAAAUAAUGUAGCAAACAAAACGAAAGUAAAAGAAAGAAAGGGAAAGAGAGAAUAAUGUCAUUUGGUCUACGUCUCCAAAAGAAAGUUAUUGAUGAAUACAUCUUACUAUGUAUUAAAAUGAAAUUGAGUAGCCUAAAUAGUAGAUGAGCAAGACUUAGGUACAGUACUUAGGUGUUAUUCCUUAAGUUCUCCUUUUAAGAUUCUGUCAUGUGAAUUUUUUCUCAUAGGAUAAAAGUGUAUUUUUUAGUUAAGUGGCCACAUGGUUAAAUCUUAAGAGGGGUACCUAAGAAACAGUACCUAAAGUAUUGUAACUAAGUUUUGUCCAUAGUAGAUUAAUACAACUUACAAGGCUUGAAGUACAAGUAGAAUUAAGAUUGUUUUGCUUUCACCCCAAGUAAAAUUGGACUAAGGUUUCCUUGCUUGUGCACUUAGUAGGAUUGGACUUGAGUUUUGACUAGAACUAGGCGUAAAAUCAUGCCAUACAUGGGAAUAUAUAAAUAUUAUGUAAUGAG